GCCGGCCAAGCCAAGCGCUGUUGUCUGCUACUCAAAGGGUGGCGAUCACGGUGGUAGUAGCAACACAAAAUAUGGAGCAUGCCCGUUAUUUUAUGACCAAUGUAUUGUAUAAAGUGCGUUGCCUGCAACCCUUCAUUCACAAGGUACAGAUUGCAUCAUUUGACAAGAACAAGGCCACUUAUGAACUUCAAAUAGAGAAACAUCACUGCAAUCUAAGUGGUACCUUACAUGGAGGCAUGGCAUCUACAUUGCUUGACAUUCUCACAGCCUGCACGGCCCUUUCAGUUGUGGGCGUGAAGGACAAGAGGGCUCUAUCCGUGGAAAUGAAGAUAAGGUUCCUUUCCCCUGCUAGAAUGGGUGAAACGAUCCUUCUCGAAACCAAGGUGCUACGUACUGGCAAGACAUUAAUGUUUACUGAAAUGGACAUUGUGGAGAAGUUAUCACGAAAGUUAGUGGCACAAGGAACUCAUAUCAUGUACCUCAUUGACCAGAAGAUUGAGGACGAUUGUGUGGAUACACUCUCGCAGAUGAAACCGAAGUGAAUGAAUGAGGAUGGAUGAGUGAGGCUGGACACUCUGAGAAGUGUCUUUCAUGCGUGUUGCCAAGGUGGAGGGGGAGUAGGUCGAAAUAAAUAGAUGAGAAACAAA